ACGGGUUUUGUUUUGUUGUCGUGUGUAUGGUUUUUUUUCCACCGCCGCCGCCGCGGAGAGAGAGCUUGCUGGCCUACUCUGUAACCACACCGUUUGCCAGCAGUGUACCAGCGACGUGUAAUACGGCCAGUAAGUUGUUAUACGAUAUUGCACUCAUUAUUGUUGUUGUUUUGGCUGUUAUCAUCGCCAUCGUCGUUUUGGUCAUUUUCGUCAUUAUUUUGUUAAAAUAUAUUAUAUUACACGCACAGUGCGUCAGCGUGUACCGCCGUGAAAUUGUCGCGGGCGAUAUUUAUUUUGAUAAUUUUCCCGCCGAAUCAUGAGAAAAAUGUGACGACCCGUCGCUCGUAUACCACACUCAAGACGACCGCGGUUUGAAGCUGUUUCACGAACUUAAAAGCUUCGAGCACUGUUAUCAACCAUACCUGACAGAGUGGACGAUUGCGCGCGAAGACCGACGGUUAUCGUACGCGGCACCGUCCUACUGCAGCUGCUGCUGCCACUCUGUGCCUAUAUCGUAUCAUUAAUGAUAACUAACGUACAGGCAGUUGACAUGGCUGAAGUGUAUGCUAAAAAAAUGGAUGGAUGGACGUGGAGCAAAUCGGACAGCUGAAUGACACCGACUGCAGCUUUGUGUGCGAGGCUGGCGAAGAAGCGUCGGGAAACAUCAUGUGGUUUGGCGUAAAAUGGCUGAUCCAAACAAGAGUAAAGCGCUGUAUUCGUCCGGGGUGGCAUUCCUAGGGUUCGCCUGUUUUGCACUAGCCGCCACGGCUAUUGGAUUGCCAUUAUGGGGUUACUACGAAAAUCCUCAAGCCGAAAUUGGGACUUCAGGAAUCGAUCGUGGUUAUUUUGGACCAUGGCAAAUGUGCAAACAAUCGUACUACGGACGAACGAAAUGUGGAGACUCGAUAUCCAGGUUUCAUCCUGUGGAAAUGGUAAAGAUAGCCGGAUAUUUUGCCAUAGCGGGUACAUUAAGCCUGGCCGUGUUUUGCAUCCUGAGCAUAGUGCAAUUGGCCAUGGUGGUGUCAAAGGAAAAAGUCGUGGUCGCCUAUAGCAAGACCGUGGCUAGCAAAUUGGUGUUUGCAUUCGCAGCAACUCUGCUAGCAAUCAUCGCAGCCGGGUUAUUCGCCCUUCAAACCGACGACAAAGACAACAGCUACCAAGUGACCAGAGGGGAAUCGUUUUAUAUGCAGAUUGGCUUAAUUGUAUUGAACUUUUUGCUAUUCGUGGCUGCAAUAUAUGAUUUGAUAUUUUCCCGUCGUUUGGGCGGUGACCCGACCAUCAGUCACCGUGAUCCAUCUGGUGUAGAAGCUACCACAUUCAAUAAUCCUGCCUUUAAGGAGAAGAUGUCAAAGAAUCCAAGAGGAGGAAGCGGAGCUGGAGUCGGUGGCAGUGGCAGUGGUAGAAUAUCGGUGACGGACGCCAGCGGAAAGCCGUACUCGGGCGGCACGACCAACGGCAGUACAAUGUCGAUGACCCCCACACUCAGCUCAAAUGGGUCGACGACAAUACCGGUCCGCAGCCCGUUGCGAUCCAGUCUGAAGAAACCACGGUCGGCCAAUGGAAACGGGGCAGGAGGAGGCGCUGGCGGGCUGGGUAUCCAGAAUCCCGGUUUCAGCGGCACCUCGCCCACUCUGUCUCGGAACGGGAGCGUGAAAAAAGUUCGCAUACAGACCCAGAGCACGGCUGUGUAAAGCUAGGAUAAAGCGAUGCGCAUUGACUUGACGAAAUACCUAAUAUUAAAACAUAGACUACAAACGGAGAGAAAAAAUAUUCUGCCUGGCAAUUUCGUUGUAAAAUUCGUAUUCAACGAUUUACGAAAUCGCUAUCAUAGUUUAUACAGACGACUCACGGGUUGGUUUAGGCUUUCGAUGGUUGUACUUGCAUCAUACCAAUCUCUUUUUAAUUAUAGUAUAGAUACCUAGUGUUGUUCACGUCUCGUGAUUUAACUGCAGGUACGUAUAGUACAAUACGUACUAAUCACAAUAGUAUCAUAACAACGAGGCAAACAUCGUUAACAGUUGAAUUUCAGUGACAUUCGCCCUUCAAUAUUGUUUAAAACAUUGUUUAUGCAGGGAAAAUAUAUUAUACCGUAACAAGGGUCUAGCUGACGUGCGCGCACACACUAUUAUUAUUAUUAUUAUUAUUAUUUUAGUUAGAUACGUCAUAUUUUACGAGCAUCCGUUUUAUCAUCCAUUAUUAUUAUUGUUAUUAUUAUUAUUUUUUCGUUUCGUUGGUCUUAUGUAAUUGUUAUUUAAUCAAAAUUUUUAAUUAUUUUUACGCAUAUAAUAUAUAUUAUUAUAUAUGGUAUUGUGCCAAUUUUGGUCCAACGAACGUGUACUGUAGUAUAUAACAAUAAAUAAUAUAAUACUAUAAUAUUAAAUAUAA